AGGCCACUCCAGCAAACAUGUUUUCUAAGGCCUUUCGGGUCAAGUCCAACACGGCCAUCAAGGGAUCAGACAGGAGAAAGCUUCGAGCUGACGUGGCAGCUGCUUUCUCCGCCCUGGGGACCGACCAGGCCUCAGCGUUGGUGCCUGGGAAGGAAGAGCUCAGCAUCGUGAAGCUGUAUGCUCACAGAGGGGAUGCCGUGACUGUGUACGUGAGUGGUGGUAACCCCGUCCUAUUUGAACUGGAGAAAAAUCUGUACCCGACAGUGUAUACCCUGUGGUCAUAUCCUGAUCUUCUACCAGCAUUCACAACAUGGCCUCUGGUGCUCGAAAAACUGGUGGGGGGAGCAGAUUUGAUGCUGCCGGGAAUAGUGGUGCCCCCUGCUGGUCUGCCUCAGGUACAGAAGGGUGACCUCUGUGCCAUUGUCUUGGUGGGAAACAGGGCCCCUGUGGCCAUCGGAGUGGCUGCCAUGUCCACAUCUGAGAUGCUGACUUCAGGCCUGAAGGGAAGGGGCUUCUCUGUGCUCCACACCUACAAGGACCACUUGUGGCGAUCUGGAGACAAAUCCUCUCCACCUUUCAUUGCCCCACUGACCCUGGAUCCCUCAGAUGUCAGUGAAGAGAAGGGGUCUGUCCAGGCAGGCCCCACCCUGCAGGAUGACAUGAGGAGCCUUACCCUGGAGAGAAAGGAGGAGGAGAAUGGGGAAGAUCAGCAGAUGUGUAGGGAGAAGACCCUACCAGAAGCCUCAGAAGACCCUGGCGUCAGGGGCCUGAACCCAGACCCCGCAGACAGCAAGACCCUUCAAGAGCAAAUGGAUGAACUGCUACAGCAAUGCUUCUUGCAUGCUUUGAAGUGCCGAGUCAAAAAGACCGACCUCCCUCUACUCACCAGCGCGUUCCUCGGUAGCCAUGUGUUCUCCUGCUGCCCUGAAGGAUGGCAACUGGACAUAAAGAAGUCAAGCUACAAAAAACUCUCUAAGUUCCUGCAGCAAAUGCAGCAGGAGCAGAUUAUACAGGUCAAGGAGCUGAGCAAAGGGGUGGAGAGCAUUGUGGCUGUGGACUGGAAACACCCCAGGAUCACAUCUUUCGUCAUACCUGAGCCCUCCCCGACCUCCCAGACUAUCCAGGAGGGUAGCAGGGAACAGCCCUAUCACCCUCCAGAUAUAAAACCCCUCUACUGUGUCCCAGCCAGCAUGAGCCUGCUCUUCCAGGAGUCUGGCCAUAAGAAGGGGAGCAUUCUCGAGGGCAGUGAGGUCCGGAUGAUCAUCAUUAACUACGCCAAGAAAAAUGACCUGGUUGAUGCAGACAACAAAAAUCUCGUACACUUGGAUCCCAUCCUGUGUGACUGCAUCUUAGAAAAAAGUGAACAGCACAUAGUCAUGAAGCUUCCAUGGGACAGUCUUCUGACCAGAUGUUUGGGAAAACUGCAGCCUGCCUAUCAAGUGACCUUUCCCAGACAAGAGCCCAUUGUGAAGAAAGGCAAAAUCUGCCCCAUUGACAUCACCCUAGCACAGAGAGCUUCCAAUAAAAAGAAGAAUAUCAGCUUCCUCGGAAACACAUCCAAGGCCUCGAAAAGGCCCCCAAGCCUGGCAAGAAGAAGUGACAGACUCUUGCUUCAUGUGGUCGAUCCCGUGGAAUCCAGGUUCUGGGCUGCUCACUCAUAGGAGCGUUUUCAGCUUUUGCAAAUAAAAAAUAUAUAAUUCUUUA